AUGUCCCUGGAUGGAGCCUCGAUCGGACACCUGACCAGACUGUCUGCUGUUCCCUCGCAAACCUCUGUGCGGUUACUGGGGCUCCCUGCGCUGGUGGCAGUGGUGCACUACUCCCGAGUACAUGGUUUUAGGAGGGGCUUAAACUGUGCUAGGAGAGCUGGGAAAGGAGAGUCUGGACCAGGUCGCCCUUACGGCAUCUUUGAUGAAAGCGCUUCCAAACAAUUUGCUGAAGAAGUCUUGAAAGCACACAAUGACUACAGGAAGAAACACGGAGUCCCCCCAUUAAAACUCUGCAAGAAGUUAAACAGAGGAGCCCAACAGUAUGCAGAAGAACUGGCUACCACAAGGGUCCUCAAACACAGCUCCGAGUCUGCUAAUGGAAAAUGUGGAGAAAACCUAGCAUGGGCAUCCUAUGACCAACCAGGAAAGGAUGUGGCUGACAGAUGGUACAGUGAAAUAAAAAAUUACAGCUUUCAAAACCCAGGAUUUUCUUCUGGGACAGGUCACUUCACAGCAAUGGUCUGGAAGAACACAAAAAAGAUGGGUGUCGGUAAAGCAUCUGCUAGUGAUGGCUCUACGUUUGUGGUGGCUAGAUAUGAUCCAGCUGGAAAUGUAGUAAACCCGGGAUAUUACGAAGAAAAUGUCCUUCCUCCAAGAAAAUAACUUAUUUUUUUUUCCAAAGGUAGCCUUAUCGCUUAAUGACAAGUGAACCUGGAUUUGGACUUAACAGUGUUUGAAAUGAAGUAGGAUUCAGUGAAAUUUCCUCUUUGAUACUGCUGUUCACUUCUCAUCACAGAGGAAGCAAGUAAAGUUGCUUGAGUCGAUCUGCGCAUUAGGUCGCUGUUGUUUCUGAGGGGGCUUCAGUCUAUUUGAGGAUGAAGUAUAUGCAGCAUUUCUGAAGGGUAAAAUUUAGAAGGGGUUUUUUUUUUAGUAGUUUGCAUGAACUCUGUGUCAGCAUGUGAGUAAGCACAUGUUGGAUGUCUUUUUUUAAACAAGCAAAUUUAUAGCUUUCUGUAACUGA